GGCGUGCUAUGCACUGCUUCGUAAGGGAUGAGGUGGUGGGUGGCUCGCUGGCGGAACGAAGGCGGUGCAGAAAUACUUGAGGAGACGACUGAGGGGCCCUGCCGGGACUUGGCGUCGCUGCAGUCCAGCCUGGGAGAGUGACUGACAGUCUUCCCAGCCUCUUCCCUGCUCGCGUGUCUAUCUGCGCGUGUCCACCUGGCGGAGGCUCGCCCGGCUUCUCCGGCGCUCGGGACCGGGAAGGUGGGCGGAAAGGAGCUGCCCGCGCUUGGCUGACUCGCUGACCGACUCGAAACUCGGCGCUUGCGAGAGGCGGACGCACGCACCGAGCGCCAUGGACCACUCCUGGGAGAACGACACGAGUGCCCCCUUCCCUUCCCUAGGGAGCGGGAACCUCGUCCCCACCGUCCCCAGCCCCGCGGGCAGCGCGAGCCCCAGCCUGGCUCCGCCGACGGAGGCGUCCAGCUUCCCUCCCCAGGAAGGCAGGAGCACCCCUCCGUUCUGGAACAGCCCCCUCAACCAGGGGCUGAGCGUCUUCGUGGGGCUGGCCCUGUGCGUGACCAUGCUGGGCUUAGGCUGCACGGUGGAGCUGAGCCAGCUGGGCGCGCAGCUGAGGCGGCCGCUGGGCUUGCUGCUGGCGCUGCUUUGCCAGUUCGGGCUCAUGCCCCUCGUGGCCUUCCUGCUGGCGCUCAUCUUCGCCCUCGACGAGGUGGCCGCCGUGGCCGUCCUGCUGUGCGGCUGCUGCCCCGGAGGGAACCUCUCCAACCUCAUGUCCCUCCUGGUCAACGGAGACAUGAACCUCAGCAUCAUCAUGACCAUAUCGUCCACUUUGCUUGCUUUGGUCUUGAUGCCCCUUUGCCUGUGGAUCUAUAGCCAUGCUUGGAUCAACACACCGCUUGUGCGCCUCCUGCCUCUGGGCGCCGUCACCCUGACCUUGUGCAGCACACUGCUCCCCAUUGGCCUCGGAGUCUUCAUCCGCUACAGAUAUACACGAGUGGCAGACAUUCUGCUGAAGGUUUCCUUGUGGUCUCUCCUGGUGACUUUGGUGAUCCUUUUCAUUCUCACGGGUACGAUGCUGGGUCCUGAACUGUUGGCUACUAUUCCAGCCACUGUUUACGUGGUGGCUGUGGUGAUGCCCCUGGCAGGCUAUGGCUGUGGCUAUGGUGUAGCAACAUUAUUCCACUUGCCACCCCACUGCAAAAGGACAGUAUCUCUAGAGACUGGCUGCCAGAACGUUCAGCUCUGUACUGCUAUACUCAAGUUGUCUUUCCCCCCACAGCUCAUUGGGAGCAUGUACAUGUUUCCAUUACUCUAUGCCCUCUUCCAAUCUGCAGAAGCUGGCUUGUUUGUGUUGGCCUACAAGAUAUAUGGCAAGGACUUCUAUAAGCAAGAACCUCUAGUAGAAGAAGAUGAAGAUACAGACAUUUCUUACAAGAAACUCAAGGAAGAAGAAGUGCCAGACACUUCGUAUGGCACAGUGAUUGCUGAGGGUCAUGGCUCAGCAUUCAUGGAGCCCACACAGACUGCCCUCUAGCGAGAGGGAAGACCUGGAUAGGAAACCCUAUUUUAGGAUAUGUGGUAUAGCCAAAGCAAGGGGAAUGGGGCACAAGACGACAACUCCAAGCACGUGUUCAGCAUGGGUUGUAGCCAGUGUUACUCAGAGUAAACCUAUUAAAUGGAUGAGACAUAGGUUAGAUUAACAUUGGAUAUAUAGCCCAUUGAAUACAACCCUGUGAUUUGUAAUCGUGCCAAUAUUUUUCUUCCACAAGUCAUCAGCAACAACCUCCUUAGAUGCUUUCACAAUUUGUGCCAUCACCAUAAACAUGACAUUGAAAUGUUGUUUGUUGAAGAGGAAUUUGGAAGACUGGUGUGGAAAGAUAUGGAGAGCAAGGGGAAAUGGUGGCUGUAUUUGUCAAGUGUACCCAAUGUCACCAACCACAUUUGCUGUUUAAAAAACAAAGUUGUGUAUCUUGCAUAUCAAACAGCUUCUAUGUGUAUGGAAAGGAUGAACUAAUGUUAUGUAUACUUAUCAGUGAUUAAAUUUCUUGCUAUGGUAUCAACCCAUUAAGAGAA